AUGACGUCAGUGAAAGGGUUUGGACCUGAGACACCUGCUCUCACACCUGAACAGGAGGCUUUACUGAGAAACACACAAGUGGACUGCUACAACAACUUAGCUGCCUGUUUGCUGCAGAGACAAAGUGUUGACUACGCCCGUGUGCAGGAGUACAGCCUGCGGGUGCUGAAGUGGCGACCAGGUGAUGUCAAGGCACUGUACAGGGCUGGAGUAGCCACUCUGGAGAUGGGAGAUGCACAGACUGCCAAACAGUACCUCAUCCAGGCCAGCAGAGAGCAGCCUAAUGAUGCUAACGUGAGGAAGCACCUACAGAGAGCUGAGGAGAAACUGAAUCGUGAGUUACAAAAAGAGAAGGCCAUGUAUCGAGGCAUGUUUUCCUCCGGCCCGAAGAGCAGCUCCAGAGAGGGGAUUGACCAAACCAACAGAGCUGACGCUUAUGAGGUGAGUUUAGGGGAGUAA